AUGCCAACAAAGAGAUCAAGGGUAGCAUCAUCAAGCAGUGCAGCCAGACAACCAAUUAGACAACCGGAGCCAAAUGUACCUGUGGCCUUCAACCCACAGUAUCAGACAUUACAUGAGCAUCCAGACGACAUUCCCCCGAGAGUUUAUGAGGCAACUCAUCCGAUUACGGGUUUUAUUGUAGAGUACAUGGUGGAGCGACUGAGCUUCACUGGGUACAAUAUUGUGGAGACGUAUGAUCGCAAUGGAUGGGGUGGAGCGUUAGACUUCAAUCCCACGCAAAUUUAUGUUGAUAUAAUGCGGGAAUGGAUGAGGACACUUCGACGUGUCGAGGUACCUGGUAGACCGGAAGACUUGCAGUUGAUUGGUACGGUUCGUACUCAUGAUAUAGUGAUGACUGUGCAGGGUAUUCGAGACAUGUUUGUAACGACCCAAAAAUCACGACCAAAAAUUUCUUUAAAAGCAUUACUAGAAUCAUAUUUAUAA